GCGAGAGACAGCAGUGUGGCCGAGUGUUUGCAAGUGUGUUAGACAUUGUGAGCGUGUUGUAUUAGUCCUAGUGUAUUAAUUGUGAAUUAAUACAAGGUUGGUCGUUGACCGUAAAGUCGUGUGCCUUUAUUCUAAGUGUGCGUUAAAGUGUUGUGUUCCUAUUCCAAUUAAGGGUUGCGCCGCGGCAUUGGGUGGAAGGCUGACUGUCUUAAGGCGUUAAGGCAGGCCGUACAGGGUGAAAAUUCGAGACGUGAAUUUUACCGUGUAACAAUUGGUAUCAGAGCUGAUGGCUGAAGAUCGUGAUUCGUCUGCCGGUGACCAAGGGGUGGAGACUGCGGAGGUACUGGUUCGUGGGCUGAUUGAGGAAGCGCUUAGGCCGGUGUGGGCGCGGCUUAAGGCACUUGAGGCCUCAAGGGCAGACCUGGUAAACGAACUGGAGGCACGCUCUGCCGAGAACGAAGCCACAAAGUCAGAACUUGUGAUUUUGAAGAGGGCUCUUGCAGCGGGACUGGUUCCAAGCGCUGAAGUAGGCUCUUCAAAGAUCAAAGUGCCGGAGCCGAAGACCUUUGGUGGUGACCGCAAUGCCAAGGAGUUGGAGAACUUUCUGUGGGAUAUGGAAGAAUACUUUAAAGCCGCAAAGGUGCCGGACGAAGAGAAGGUGAGGAUUGCACCCAUGUACUUGUCUGGUGAUGCAAAGCUUUGGUGGCGGAGUAGAGUAAGGGACGACGCUAAUACGGGAAGACACGGGCUGGAGUCAUGGGAUGGACUCAAGAAGGAGUUGAAGGCUCAAUUCCUUCCCCACAAUGUCUCUUGGAUGGGCAGGGAGGCCCUGAAGAACUUGAAACACACCACAUCGGUGAGGGAUUAUGUCAAGGCGUUCUCUUCGCUCAUGUUGGACAUUGAGAACAUGACGGAGGAGGACAGGCUAUUCAAUUUCGUGUCUGGACUGCAGCCAUGGGCCCAGACAGAAUUGAGGAGGCAGGCUGUGAAGGAUUUGCCGAGUGCCAUGGCAGCGGCCGAAGGACUCAUGGAUUACUCAUUGUCUGAUGGUUCUAAGGGGAACAAGGGCAAGGGAGAACCAGGCAUUUCCGGUUCAAGGGGGACGUUGAAGUGUGACGACAUCAGUGCGGCAACGGAAGCGAGUGUGACAAAACCAAAGUCCAAAGCUUGCUGGGGGUGUGGCGGUCAGCACUUGCAGCGGAACUGUCCCGAGAACCAAAAGUUGGCUGCCUUGAAGCAAGUGGAGUCCGAGGAGGAUUCUGCGUUGGUGACAGUGAAUCCCUUGCGUUUGGUCUGAUGGCACCGUGAAAGUCAUCAGGGGCACUGUGCGUGUGGACAGUGCGAGUGCCAAGAGGGGCGUGGACUUGGCAUAGGUUGCAGGCGUGGGACGUCGGGCAACUGCAGCGGCAUUGCUUGGGUAUGGCAGUGCAAAGAACCGAAGGUCGUGGGGACGCUAAGGUUCAGUGGCAUGCUUUUCAGAAGAUGUCACAAUGAUGGGUCAAGCGUACACAGGGGCUGUGCGGGUUGGACAUCAUAUUUUGGAGAAGCACACAAGGGAGUGGGGCGUUCACCAAAAUUGUUGGCCGUGGGUCAACAUGUUGCUAGUUGGAUGGGAGGAUCCUUUGGCAGCGGAGCGG